AUGCGUGCUUGUGAAGUGUCCAGACUAUUUUUGACUUUUACUUUCUUUUUGCAUUUUCUGCGCGUUCACACAAUGAACCCUCUGUUUCCAACUGCAUCCAAAGGCACUAAAGUUGCCAAAUCUGCGCCUGCCGACGGCCAGAGAAGAGCAAAAUAUGGCAAAGGUAUACUGGUGGCAUCACCGUUAUCUGGAGACAGACAGUCACAGCGGACGAUAAAGGAUUCAAUUGAACCUCACGAUUACAUGAUCUCUAUCUAUAAGACUUUUUCUGCAGCUGAGAAACUGGGGCUUAACGCAAGUUUUUUCCGCUCAUCAAAAGCAGCAAACACCAUCACGAGUUUUGUGGACGAGGGUCAAGAUGACCUUUUGAACUCCCCUCUGUGGAGACAGAAGUACUUGUUUAACGUAUCAACACUUUCGGAAAAUAUCGAGCUCCUGGGUGCUGAACUGAGGAUAUACACAAAGAUCUCUGGAACCUUUCGAGCAUCAGAGGCAGGCCCAGUGGAGAUUCAGCUUCUCUCCUGUCCAUCACACAUUGUCCUAGACUCCAAAAUCUUGGAUCUGGAGGAUGCACAUAAGCCAAAAUGGGAGGUUUUUGAUGUAUGGGACAUUUUUAAAGAACAACACCUCUACCAUCAGGGCUCCCAUUUCUGUUUAGAGCUCAAGGCAACACUAGAUAAUCCAGAGAAGGAAAUCGACUUGCAAUAUCUUGGAUUUCACAGAUAUGGCCGUCCACCACUAAAGAAAGCCAUAUUGGUUGUUUUCACAAAGUCAAAAAAGAGGCAAAGCCUUUUUUAUGAAAAGAGGGAAAAGCUUAAACUGUGGGGUCUUGAUGAUCCCCGAAAGAAGAAAAGACCUCGCUUGAAAUCCAGACGAAGACGGACCGUUUUACCCAACCGACACGGCAAGAGGCACGGCAAAAAGUCCAAACCUAGAUGCAGCAAGAAGCCCUUGCAUGUGAACUUCAGGGAGCUGGGUUGGGAUGAUUGGGUUAUCGCUCCUUUAGACUACGAGGCCUACCACUGUGAGGGCAUCUGUGACUUUCCCCUCCGAUCUCAUCUGGAACCGACAAAUCAUGCCAUCAUACAAACCCUCAUGAACUCUAUGAACCCCAGCAACAUGCCGCCCAGUUGCUGUGUCCCAUCAAAACUCAGCCCCAUCAGCAUCCUAUACAUCGAUGCAGGAAAUAAUGUUGUAUACAAGCAGUAUGAGGACAUGGUAGUGGAGUCUUGUGGCUGUAGGUGAUCAUGCUUUUGAAACUAAUGGAGAAAUGUAAAUUAAUUCGGUUGUUGUGUGAAUAAGUCUUUUUUAUAAUAUAAUUUUGAAACAAAAUUGCUCAAAAGCAGAACUUUACUGGAAGACUUAACUGGAAUAGAAUAACCAUAGUCAUAGCUAUUGGACAGUGAAUGGCUCUUUAUUUACCCUACCGUUUACAUUUGGAAUGGUGAUACUGGAUUGUCAAUAUACUGUAAGCAUUAAACAAAUGGGCAAAUGUUUCAUGUUUUAAUGGUCAUUGUACUUAACUAUACUUAGAAACAUUCUUACAUUAUUCUUAGUUUCUCUGUAUGGGACAUUUUAUACUUUAAAUGUCCUGUCCAAGACAACUUCAGACCUAAAACACGUUCCUAUUUUGAAUAGCUGUAUUUUGAAUAUUGA